GCGAGUUUGCUGUUGGUGGUUGCGGUUAGUUCUCGCUGAUUUGUACCUGGUCUUUCUUUCGUUUCAUCCCAAAUGUUCCUUUUCUGAAGUUUUUUUUUUCUCUCUCUCUAAGUGACUUUCACUCUCUCUCUAGAAACUCCCCUUCUUCCCUAGCUCUUCCCUCAAUUCUCUCUCUACCCAUUUUCACUAUCCCCUUGCUCUCCCUGAAACUGCCCUUUCUCUCUUGUUAUCCUUUCACUUUCUUUGGUUUCCAAUUUUGGCCUUGUGUUUUUUGGCUGAUCUUGACGCUAGCUUUGAUCAGCUUUUAUGUUGAUCUGCUGAAAAUUUUUGCUCCUUUGGGUAGUUUCUGGUGAGAAUUAUAGGACUCUCAAUUCUCUUAAAAUUUUUUUGGAUGACAACUUUUGGCCUUCGUUUAUUAAAAAGGAUGUUACUUUUAUGGUGGAGUUAUUGAAUGUAGAUUACAGAUUCGAUAUUUUUUCUUCUUUCCCAUAGAUUUGAAGUCUUAGGUCUCCUUUUUCGGUAAAUAUUCCUUUUCAGCUUUUUUUUUUUAUUUGCUUUCUGAUUAGGGAUAAAAAGAGUGUGUCAAUAAAAAAGUUAACUUUUCUUCUUUUGUAAAUUAGAAAGCUUUAGAAACCUAAAUUUCUUUCGUUUGUUUUUUUUUUUUUUUUUUUGGCUUUGUUGGUUGAUUCUGAGAAUUUUGUUUUCAUUGGAAGCAGUUUAUGAGAUUAAAUUUGUGGAUUGAUCUGAUCAUUAGAUUGAAAAUGGAAAAGGGUAUCUGGCAAUUUUAGUUUAAGGUCAUUAUUCAAGUGAUUCGAAGGGAAGCUUAAAGGGAUAGUUGUUUUGGCUGUGAUUUCAAUUCUCCAGAGGGUUGCUUUAAGAUUGGAAUUUUAAGAGAUUGAAGAACAAAUCAAGGUAUUAUCAAGUGGUGAAUAGGAUUUUUGACGAAAUUUUCGAGAUUUAGCGAAAAGGAUUGUAAAAUUGAAGGUUAUUCGGUGGAUUAAACUGCACAUUAGCUAGAAAGCUUGAAAGGGUUUGUUUGAGGAUUUAACCCCACAAGUUGUGACGGAUCCGUCUACUGAAAAUAGAGGUUGUGAUUGUCUGGCUGGUCUGGAGUGCAUAAUAAGCAUUAUCAGGGCCCUCAGAAUGGGGUCCUGCUUAUCUGCUGAAAGUAGGAGCCCUCUCCCUGGCUCGCCUUCGUCUCCUCAUCUGGCGUACAUGAAGAGGAGGAAUUCAAGGAAGAGACCAGGGUCUCGGAAUUCCUUUGACUACCGGAAGGAAGAACCAUUACAUAGGAUUCCAGGGAGGUUGUUCUUGAAUGGGUCCAGUGAUGUUGCUUCACUCUUUACUCAACAAGGCAAGAAAGGAACCAACCAGGACGCCAUGAUUGUUUGGGAGAAUUUUGGAUCAAGAACAGAUACAGUUUUCUGUGGUGUUUUUGAUGGCCAUGGUCCAUAUGGUCAUAUGGUAGCAAAGAGUGUGAGGGACCAUCUUCCCUUGAAACUGAGUGCUCACUGGGAAGUUAAUAUAUCCAGUGAGGAUGUUCUCAGAGAGAUCAGUUUGAAUACUGCAGGAAGCAUGAACUCUGAAGAUACUGCUUUUGUAUCAGCUGAUGAGGAAUCUAGGGCCUCUGUAGAUCUUGAGGAAACAGAAAAGCACCCAGAGAUCUUUCAGACGCUAAAAGAGUCCUUUCUGAAGGCUUUCAAAGUGAUGGACAGGGAACUUAGAAUGCAUGCCCAUAUUGAUUGCUUCUGCAGUGGGACGACAGCUGUAACUUUGCUCAAGCAGGGUCCAUAUCUUGUAAUUGGAAAUGUUGGGGACUCCAGAGCUGUGUUGGGUACAAGAGACAAAGACAAUUCUCUUACUGCAGUUCAGUUGACUGUUGAUCUCAAACCAAAUCUUCCAGCGGAAGCAGAGAGAAUUAAAAAAUGUAAGGGUCGUGUCUUUGCUCUUAAGGAUGAACCUGAGGUUGCCCGAGUUUGGCUGCCAAACAAUGAUUCACCUGGCCUUGCCAUGGCACGGGCUUUUGGAGAUUUUUGCCUCAAGGAUUUUGGCCUGAUCUCUGUGCCUGAAAUAUCUUAUCAUCGCCUAUCCGAGAAGGAUGAAUUUAUUGUCUUGGCCACAGAUGGGAUUUGGGAUGUUCUUUCAAACAAUGAAGUGGUAGAUAUUGUAGCAUCUGCACCAGCAAGUACCGCUGCUGCUCGAGCCUUGGUUGAGUCAGCAGUUCGAGCUUGGAGAUACAAAUACCCAACUUCAAAAGUUGAUGAUUGUGCUGUUGUUUGCCUCUUCCUUGAUUCAAACUCAAAUAAUUUGUCUACUGCUUCCAAAGCCAAGACCAAAGUGCUGCCAACUUUAGUGGCCCAAUUUGACAACAACAGUGAGAAAGACAAUAAUCUCGACAUCUUGACCACUCUGAACCGGUCUGGGGCUGCUGGAACUGGCGAAGUACUACUCCCAGAAGGGAAUGAAGAUUCCUCAAAGCAGGAGGAAAUGAAUUCAGACGUAGGAAUCGAGUGGUCUGCCCUUGAAGGAGUUUCUCGUGUCAAUACUCUAUUGAAUCUCCCGAGGUUUAUUCCUGGAAAGGAGGAUAAGAAGGCUGCUGGAGGUACAAAGGCUCGGAAGUGACAAGUUCUGAAGGGAAAAAGAUAUGUAGGGCCAUUGAUGUUAAAAUUCAGACCGGAGAGGUGGGCCCGGCUGUAUUAGUAUGUCUGGGAAUUUAUCCUUUCUCUCUAGUGUGGGUGGAAUUGGAAGUUUUGCAAAUCCAGCUCUCCGUCUAUUAUUUUUUUUCUUAAUUUUUUCCCCUUUGAAUUUCAUGUGUGAUUUGUUGGUAACUGUAUGGUGAUAAUAAAUCUUGCGACGAUGAAAGCCUCUUUAGGUUUCAAGUUGAAGGGCAUGAUGAUAAUCCAUGUAGGUUUUUCUUUUUUUUUAUUCAGAUUUGGACCUUUAGCCGUAUUAUGCCUUGUUUGCAACAAAAAGAUAUUUUCUUGCAUCUUGUUUUGUGGUUUGAAUAGCAUCAUUGAUCCUGGUAAUCUAUUAUUUCAAGUUGAAUAUUUGAUAGAAAAGAAACUUCACUGUUUUUGAAUAUUUGGAGCAAUAAAAGCUUAGGAAUUUCCACUUGCCAAUGCUUAAAAACAUUGUUGUCAUUAUUUCUUUUUUCAUAUUUGAGGUUAUCAAGAUUUGUAUCUUGAUCAUCAAAAUUGAGCGAUCAGUAUUCUACCAGUAAAUCACAUUGGAUCUCGGCCAUUUCAUUGUAAGUCUCCUAAUUGGUUUUAUGUUUGGUGUGAAGCCGUAAGGAAGGAAAAGCUUCCUCUAAACGUCUUAAUCAACUCUUCCCACAACAACAAUCUUCCUGAAUUUAUUUUCUUGCAUUUAUUUGAGAACUUAAAGUCAUGUUAUUGUAUUUUUCACUGAUUAAGCUACGGUACUCGUAAAAAAAAUUGAGAUAGUCGACUUUGGCUAUAAUAUGUAAAAUUUUUUAUCCGACCAAUC